AUGUUGAUAAUCAUGUCUGCUCAAAUUUUCCUUAAUUUCUGCCUCCUCACGUUAUUCAGCAUGAUCAUCAUGUGUACCAUUUUGACCAACUGUAUAUUCAUGACAUUUAGUGACCCCCCUGAGUGGUCCAAACAAGUAGAGUAAGUACAACAACAUAUUAGUCUUACCAGUUUUCAUGUUUGUCAUCGCUCCGUCGUGGUGUAACUCUCUUCUCUCUUUUAUUAAAGGUAUACCUUCACAGGUAUCUACACAUUUGAGUCACUCACAAAAAUUGUUGCCAGAGGCUUCGCCAUCGAUGGGUUUACCUUCCUCAGAGACCCAUGGAACUGGUUAGAUUUCAUGGUCAUCUCCAUGGCGUAAGUAUUUUAUCUCAAAUUAAGAUUUUAGAAAAAGUUUAAACAAAGCAACUCUGAUCAAAUAUUUAAAAGAUUAAAGCAACGCAAUCAAAGCAAGCAGCAAAAUGGGAUUUCCAUAUAAAGGAUAAAAGUAUGUCAUUCUGGUUACUUAACCACAAAAAUAACUGACCACAUAAAGAAAAACUUACAGGCGGUAAUGCACCAGGGUUCUGUUAUUGGACGCACUGUCUGAUUAAGCAGUUAGGUGACCUUUUUUUUUUUUUUUUUUUUUUUUAAUGCAGAAACAUGAAUUUUCAUCUGAUUUUGUGAUGGUCAAAUAUGUAUAAUACACAUUCAUAAUUAGAAAUUGGUGUUACAUUUAGCUGUAGUUUAACAUUUAAUAUUUCCUCCUGGCAGUGAGCUGCUGUUUUGAUUGUGAAUAAAAUACUCUCUGACCACAAACCACUCUCCACACAUUAGGCAAACUUCAAUUUCAUAAUUUUUCACUAUGUUUCUUUGUGAGUUUUAUUUAACUAUCAGUGAUAAUUUCACUACUCCCUCCCUCCAAACCAUAGACUGUUUAUAGAAUGGACAGCGUCUGCCUCCUCGCUGGGUGAUGCCACUCUGAGAACAGCACCCUCUGGUGACGGGCUGCAGUAUAGAUCAGAAAUCCCGCCUCCUUCAGCAAAGCUUAUAGAGCUGUGGACAAACUUUAUAAAUUAAUGACACAGAAUACAAAUCUUUCUCCCCCCUGGUUGCGGUGUUGACAUGUAGUUACUUUAAGACUGGUUUGUGCUCAUGUCCUCUUUUUUCUGUGAAGCUCAGUUAUUAAAGGGGACCUGCCAUCAAAAAUGUAAUUUUGUGUGUUUUUUGUGUCAGAUAAGGUCCAUAUUAUGUUCGUCUUAUGUUGUGAAAACAAACCGUUACGUCGUUUGCAUUCUGUAAAGGUUUAAAAUAAAGGAACGAGUAACCCAGGCCAAUUGAAAAAGCAGGUCCCUCUGACGUCACGCUGACCUUGCUCAUUAUUAUUCACGAGCACGUCCUCGGUGAGCCGCGCCCACUGUAUCUGCUAUGGGUCUCUUCCAAACGACCGGUGUUUCCUUGGGUUCACUGCCGGGAAAAUGAACUUAAAGCUGGGCAGAAUGAAUGAGAAAACACCGCUGGAGAUCUCCGGCUUCUUCUUCAACUUCCACCUCCUCUUCGGACUCGGGGUCUAAAGUAUAUGGUUUAAUACCUGCCGUUUUUAGGCUUUAGCAUAAGGUGACCAGACGUCCCUGAUUUCUGGGCACAGUCCCCGUAUUGGAUGAUCUGUCCCCGGCAAAAGCUGUCCCCGAAAAUGUCCCCGAUUUAAGCGUUUCAUGAAUGAGAGCAAAAAUGUUGCAUGUGGGCUUGAACAACGGUUAUUACAGUAGCCGAAUAGGUAGGAAGCACAAGUUAGCAGUCCUGAACAACAGUUCUUACGGGGGUUAUCACAAGGGGCAUGCACUGCUACUAAAUAGUACUGAGAUUUGUCUGUGAUCACACAGCCCCUGCAGCCCCUGCACCCGUCGCCGCCGCACCGAAUAUCCCCGGAUAUCAUUACAGACAUCUGGGCACCUUAUUUUAGCACAUAUUAGCAUAAUGGAUAAACCGAAAUCCGAACCUCCACUGCUGAGCCAAUCAGAGCACAGCAGGCUUCACAGCAGCGAUCAAAUCAGAGCAAAGCUCAUUACCAUAAAUGUUAAUGAGCCAAAACCAGUUGGUUUUCCUGUAAGGUUUUUUAGGCAUACUAAAACAAACCAUCAAAUAACUUUUCAGCUAAAAUUAUGUUGCAAACAUGAUCAGAGGACAUCAAGGAUUAUGAAAAAAUGAUAAAAAUUGGUAUGAAAUUUUGGUGGCAGGUCCCCUUUAAAAGUUAUAAGGGGGUUCAUGUUUUCUAUGAUUGACACCUGAUACAGCCUAUUGGCGUUCAGGGAUUGAGUAGCUCACCCGGGGGAUACGCUGUUUGAGUUGAGGCGACUCCCCCGCCGAAUGUGUACAACGCUACUGCGCAAUGCUGGUUUCAGGAAAUGAAGAAAAAUCGCAGAAAUACCGAGAGCUUUUUGGCUUCAAAUCCGUAAACAGGCGGGAGGCGGAACCAAGUUGUCCAUAGUAUAUACAGUCUGUGCUCAAAACCUAUCACAACCAGUUUUUUCUGUUUCUUUUUUUCUGUGGUUUUGCUGUUUGCAGUCCUGUAAAAACUAGACCGAGUUUUGUGUGUUUGGUUGAUAGGUGGUAGGCUUUCUCUCUUAAAGGUCUCCUAUUAUGGCAUUUUUCAUCAAGUUUAAAUCAGUCCCAGAGGUCCCACAAUAGUAAAUUUGAAGUUUGUUGUCUAAAACACCAGUUUAUUUGUGGAUAUCAGCCAGCCUGUACACCUCUCUUCUGAACUCCACCUGUACCUUUAAAUGGUAAUGAGCUGUGUGUAACCACGUGAUUGCAGCCAAAGCACUAGACAUACGGGCGGCGGUAAAGCAACAUAAAAUGGUAAAACUUACAGCUUCUGUGUUUGAAGUUGGGUCCCUGACACGGACCGUCAGUACAGGUCCAGGUUUUAUCUUCAGCUUCUUAGCGAAUCUUGCUUUGAACUGCCCCUUGUUGGUAAAACAGUCCAUGAUCAAAUGGUUAGCACACAGAUGCAACAUUUUCAGAGUUGUUGUGGGCCUACAUUUCCAUCAAAAAUAAAAUUAAUCCACUGGGUCCUCAAAUCUUCCGACGAAGGAGGCAGAAAUAGACUCCUGUCUUCAUUUGUGCAGCCAAGAAUCAAGCAGCGGCUGGGUCGUAGCUUCGACAUGGUUGCUGUAUGCGGGGAGAAAAAAUGGUGGACGGUACCUCAGCAAAGAUGUUUUAGAGGGCUGGGCUAACGAUUAUCGGGGGCAGUGCCACCAACAUGUAGGAGGGGCUUAUGCGGUUAUGUCGUCAUAACUGUACAGCUUUUCGAUUCACCCGUUUGCGCUCAUGUUUUCAGAAAGGAGGGGAAUGCAAGAGAGGGAGAGAAUGACAUUUUUUCACAUCAAGGGGGGGUGUCGGCUUCGAGGGGAUGCAUAUUAUUGGUAGAAAAACACCCAAAAGUGGAUAUUUCAUAAUAGGGGACCUUAAAGCUACUCUGAAAUGAUGAUUGGUAAUUGAGAUUGUAGAAAAUUUGAAAGGAUAAAAAGGAAAAAUUCUCAAAGGUUAGUUCUCUUCUUGUGCAUAUGGUCAAAUUGCUCUUUAGGGACAAAGGUCCAGCAGACAGUUACCCACAGCAUCUUGAAUCACACCAGUCCUUCACUCCUUCAUGUUGAUAAUGUUCAUUAAAAUAUUCUGUAACUAUCUUCUCUCUCUCCUGUGUGCGGGGCGGCUGCUGAGUAACUGUAUCUGAUCCACCUUGCAGGUAUAUAACAGAGUUUGUAAACCUAGGCAAUGUGUCAGCUCUGCGUACGUUCAGGGUUCUGAGAGCUUUGAAAACAAUUUCAGUUAUCCCAGGUAAGACAGUCCAGGUGUUUGUGUCUGCGGGGGAGGGCGAGUCACGGGGGGGUUGAUGUUAGGUGUGGUUUUGUUUCAGUCCCUCUUCCUUCUCCUCUUCCUCCUUUGUUCUCUUCCCACUGGUUGGACAGGCGUAAACUCUCUCACCAUGGUGUACCCUCCCGGUCUUUGAUGGUGGUGCUGGUGUCGUGCUCUUGCGCGUACAUGCGUGCGUGUGUGUGUUGUGUUAUCGUGUGUGUGUCAUUGGGUUCUGUUCUGUGUGUCAUCCUACCUUGUUACAGAUAUAUAACAGAGUUUGUGGACCUUGGGAAUGUCUCGGCGCUGAGAACGUUCAGGGUUCUCCGAGCCUUGAAAACCAUUUCUGUCAUUCCAGGUGAGACUCCCAUUUAAACACUAAGGCUGAGCUUACCUUGUUUAUUUAUGUAGAUUUCUAUUUUUCAAAUCAGGUUGUUUGAGAUUGUCUUUUUAUAUGUUUUUCUUUUCUUGAUAUGAUAAUCAAAAAUGGUAGCCAUACAUUUUUGAUAGGCUUAGCAGUCUGUUGGCAGUCUUGGGGCUCACGUGUCUUAGUUGUACAAGUGGGUUUCAGCUGCACCUCAGGUACUUAACAGCUACCUUUGUGUGCGUAUACCUUAAGGGACAUAGAUUGAUUUUUGUAAUCCCAAAUGGUUGACUUCAAGAUAAAAUCAUACAAAUUCAACUAAACUAAUGUACAAUAUUUGAAAUCUUGAUUUUAUUCAGUUUUAUUUUGUUCGAUUUAUCCAAAUUCCAAGAGUCAAUACAUCCAUGACUGCACCUCUCUUUUCCAAAUCUUUUAGCUCCCCAAAGACUGCCAAGCCUAAUAUGACAGCACAUGGACGCUGCAUGAAGCUUGGGACACAUGCUUUAACAAGUUUGGCUUCAGGAGGCUUCUUUUUUAUUUUAUUAUUUUCUAGUUGAACAAAUAAUUGUCUUUUGAAGAUCUUUGUCCAUCCUGGGAACAGAAGGGAAACAUAAACACAAGAUAAAUAUUCCAAAUGAGCAGAAAUCUGGGCAGAUUCACCAGGACUUUGGUCUUAGAGGUAUUCCCCAGUCACAUAAGACAUGAUGUGUCUAUCUGAACACAAUUUGCAUAUCCAAAAUUUUUGUAACACUCUUGUACACUGUGAUUUUACCUAACAUCAGCAUCUACAUCUACACACCUGCAAACACAGACAGAACACUCAGUCCAGUACAGUAAACUUUACCUUCAGCACAUACUGCUCAGGUGUGCUUGGGGCUAAAGGAGGCUGACAGCUCACCCAUCGUGAGCCAGACCGAAAGAAAGGGUUUGCCUGGGAUGGGAACGGUUCCUUGAGUUGAGGCAAGGUCACCAUCACAGCUUACAGAUAGGUGAUGCUGACACAGAGUCAAUUCAUUCAGCCUUGGAGUUUAAAUGACCUGCAUGCCACCUCUCAUAGCCCCCCCCCCCCCCCCGUGAGCCACCAACGCCUUCUCGCCUGUCCUUUCUUUCUCCUCCUUACUUCCUGCUCCCUUUGACCGAUUCUGCUGCUGUUUGUGGUGCUGCUGUGCUGCUGGGAAUCAUCCUCUGCAGGUAGUCAGGAAUAUUCCCAUUGAGUGGCACAAGGAUAGAUGGAAAUAGUACCUCCACGAUUUGACAUAGCUCUUCCAAAUAAACACAAAAUCAAGUGACUUUUUGUGUGGAAAUCACUCUUGACAUUGAGGUUUUUAUAAGACAGAUGUUAACUUACCUGAGUUUACAAAGGGAAAAUGAAAUAGUGCCUUUCUGAUGGGAAAAUUCCUUAUGCUUGCAGAGUGUGUUGUGAUGCUUUUUUUAAAGAAAGAUGAAUGACCUUCGGUUCAGCGUAAAUACUUUGUCACAGUUGAAUCACUGAGUCAUUUAUACUAGAUAUACUAGGAAUCAGGACCAACGUGUGCUGUAAUACACUAGUUCUUCAUUCUUUAAACGUGAAAUAUUUGAUUUGCAGGGGUCUUAGGUGACAGUGAGGGGAAAAAGUAUGAUAAACCAGAUAGGAUUAAGAGUAAAAAAAUCAAAAGCUCAUUAUCAGCUUUGUUAGGUCUGCAGGAAUUUGAUCUGCUCAGUUCUGUCCUCUUUAAGCUCAUAAGAGAGGCUAGAGUGUUUUUUCCUCUAUCAUUUACAGCAAUAAGCAAACAAAAUCAAAGUAUUUCCUGUCAGACGGCCACUCACUUGACACAAUCAAUCAAUCAAUCAAUCAAUCAAUCAAUCAAUCAAUCAAUCAAUCAAUCAAUCAAUCAAUCAAUCAAUCAAUCAAUCUUUAUUUGUAUAGCACUUUUCAUACAAAAAAAGAUGUAGUGCUUUAAGCGCUUUACAUAGCAAAUGAAUAAAAGAAAAAUGUAAUCUACCCCAACAACUAAUUCCCACCCUGCAAUCUAAGCACAAUAGAAAUGUGUAUUAAAAUGCAUGAACUUAAAAAGGACUUGAUUUCAUACAAACAGGAAUGUGUGCACUAAGGAAACGCCGUUUUAAAAUUCAAGAUAAGGAAACACUGAAACAUAAAAUGAAAUUUAAGAAAUAAUAAAUAAAACGAAAUAAAAACAACAGUAAAAGAAACUAAAAUAAGAGCACCAAAAUAGCUCAAUAAAAGAUGAUGCCUCAUUAAAACUAGAAGAGAUAAAUGCUAAAACACCUAAUCAAAAUUAAGAUAUAAAAUUAAAAUAUAAAAUUUAGUUUUCAGUUUGCCUUUAAAAUCAUUAAGAUUAGGUGCAGUCGCACUGGUGACUGACUGAUGUACACUAGUGGUACAUCAAAGGAUCUAUGUGUUCUUUAUGCAUUAAAGAUGAAUAUUUCACCCUAUUUUAUUCAUGCAUACAUACUAUUAACCUGAUGAUUCAAGAACUGGCCUCAGCAGAAGAUUUAUUGACUACAAACCAAACUUUUUAAUCCAAAUUAGGCUCUAACUGUGAAACCUUUCUAAAUGCAAAAUCUAAGCCUGUCUGUGAAAUCGGGGAAAGUGUUCAGGGUCCCUCAUCUCUACCUUGUCUCUAGCUGCAUCAUCAACUGUGCUAAUGGAUAACAGUGAUUUAUGGGAAUGCCUCAGAAAGAUAAUUGUGGUGGUGUGUCUAAGUAUUUCAGCCCAUGAUAAUACCAACAAUAACAAUUCAAGUGGUGCUCAUUGUAUUGAGCCUUUGGACUAUACCUGUGUUAGUUCAAAACUGUGUUUUUGAACCGCAGGGAUAUUGUUGGCUUUAUGCUGAUAGGACAGAUCGUUUUCUCAAAUUCAGUCAUGAUGAUUAUCAAAGGAAGUAAUUAUUAUAAGUAAUAUUAGCUCAAAGGUUUUUUCCAUUUGAGUAUGUACAAACACAAAGAAAGUUAUAAUCUAAAGAAAAUCAGCAUUUGAUCGUAGACAGGGUCUCCUCUUCUCAGGAGAAACAGGGACGCAAGACAACAUGCUCUUUUGCCUUUGAGCUGCACAUUUUUACCUGCAGACAAUGAGCGGUGAUAUUAAACCACCACACAAACUCACACAGGGCAGCUUUUCUUAUUACAGUGCUGAGAUACAUGUGAGGUUAUUGUCCUGUGCUUAAAUUAUUGAUGUUGUGAUAUCAGAGAAUUCCAAUUUCUUUACUAAAUGUCUUUCACACCCAAACCUGGUUCUCAGCUUUGAACUUGCUGAUGUAGGCUCUCUGAUUUUGACUUUGCAGUAACAUGAUACCUGCCAGAAAAAAAGUGUUGUAUGAUUGUAUAAACAGGUUAAUUUGACAUAUAACAUUUUAUAUCUUAUACUUAAAAAAAAUAAAAGAAAUAAGAGUCGCCACUCUGUCCACUGGGGGUGCCAAAAUCAGCACAAACGGAAAGGUCCUUGCAGGAGCUUAAAUGACAAUGCAAAAACUCAUCAGAUGAUAUGGAGCAAAUGGAAUUAAAUUUAAACUUUGGCGAUAAAACUGAUCAAAUCACACUCACAACAAGCGUAACUUGAACCAUUUUAGCUCGAAAAACUUGGAAAAUUUCAUUAUAACUUCCUAAUUAACAACAGCAGCUGUUUCAAAAACAGUUGUAGUAUUUAACUAAAUAGAAAAAAAACCCUGAUUUGGCAAUUGUGAUAAUAUUCACACACUGCUGGUUUGUAACAACUCAAUUCAACUCAACUCAAACUUUAUUUAUAGAGCACAUUUAAAACAACUGGGACAGUACUAUAUGGAUUAAAAGCAGCAGGUUUGAUGCAAGUAACCCAUCAGCAAUUACAAUAAAUGAAAAGAAUACUUAAAGGUGGGGUAGGCAGGAUCUGAGGAAAUGCCAGUUUUUUGGGAGAAAUCUUGAAUGUAAACUCUACCCCUCCCAACCAGUUUUCCCAUCAGCUCCUCCUCUCCCCUCCCUCUCUGCUCCAGUAAGCCCCGCCCACAAACAGACGCUCCUCCUCGCUCGUAUCGUUUCAAUUAAAUUCAGAUAUAAUGCAGAUAAAUACUUCAGAUAAUUAGAAAUGGCGCCCAGUCAACGUGAAAGUAAAAAGCAUUGAUGCUACUGUAGAUGCCAACAGACUACCAGCAAACACAAUGUUAGCAGGACUUCUACGACUAGGAUGAAGUGACAUAGUCCAGGACCCGAGGUCAACAGUUUAGCGGCGCUACAACACACAGCAGGUCCCGCUUGACAAGAAACACUUCUGUUACAGACAUUGAGCUUACUUUGUUAAAGCGGUUUACCUGUCCAGCAGAAAGGUUACAGGGUCCGUAAGAUCCUGAAGCAUCCCCCAUCAUUGUUGACCCGGCUUCUUAGCUCUUGUCCGGUCUACCUCCUUUUUAAGCACCCGUUAUUCUGCCAGAGUCUCCGGAUUCAGCAGGAUUCAGACAAUUUUCUGUACUUUCUGGUUGGUUUCUACUGUGUGAUAUUAUAGCACGCUAACUUUGUUUGGGCUCCUGAACGACACAGGGGAGCAGUGUCCGCCUCACAACCAAUCAGAAUGGGGGAGGCGGGGAAUGGCUUUGUUCACAGUCAGAAAAUUUUAAAAUGUUGACUACACAGACAAAACAAAACACAGUGAUAUUGUCACCAAAUGUCAUCAAUGACUGAUAGCUAUGGACUGAUAUUAAAAGCUUUGUUGUAUAUACACCACAAAAAAAAAGAUGUUUCUUUAACAGAUUCCUGCCUACCCCACCUUUAAAUACAUAAACACAGUGCUAUAAAAAAUAAGAAUAAAAUGAAUCAAAAUUAACUUAAAAUUUUGCCAGAAGUUCACUUAAACUCAAUUGAAAGCCAGGGAGUAACAGUUUCUGAAUGCAUUCAUUUGUAGGUCCAGCUGCUCCAACAAAAUGGCAACCAGUUAACAAUAUUAACAUGAAAACAGCCCAAACUGCAGAUUUCUAUCAAGGCCGGAGUUGCAGGAAAUGAAACAAACACUUCCACUGUUUUUAUGCCAAAGGAAUUCAUGAAAAACACCAAAAUUCAAUUCCUGCUGUAGGAACUGGCAGCAUGAGCGUAGGUGUUAAAGAAUAACUCUGAUGUCUGCCAAGUUGAUAUUUAUGUAAGAAGGUGCACAGCACAGGGUUAAAUACAGGAUUAGAUAUAUGUUACCUAACUUUACUUACUUUGUUUGUGACCUUAGUCAGAUCUAAAUUCCAGCUGUAAAAACAAAUUCUGGUUGUGCACUAUUUCAAUACCAUAGGCUGCAAUUUUUUUAUUUGAGUCUAUCUGUGUGCUUGUGUGUAUGAUUGUGUGCAUUUGAAAAUGUGUGCUUGUGUGUGUGAAUCUGGGAGUUUGCCUGUUUUCAUAAAUGUGCAUAUGUGGACACGUGUGUAUGUAUGUAUGUAUGUAUGUGCGUGUCUGUGUGUGCUUCUUGUAUAUUAAUUGACAGGCCUCAAGACCAUUGUGGGUGCUCUGAUCCAGUCUGUGAAGAAGCUGUCGGAUGUGAUGAUCCUGACCGUCUUCUGUCUCAGCGUCUUCGCUCUGAUCGGGCUACAGCUGUUUAUGGGAAACCUUAGGCAAAAGUGUGUCAUCUGGCCGAUCAACAUGACCGAGCAAACCCUUGCAAAUGGCAGCAGAGGCUUUGACUGGGACGAAUACAUCAUGAAUAACAGUGAGUGAUUAUCUUGAAACUCAAUACUGGCUCCUCAUAUUAAAAAGUAGGCUCAACAGAAACUGCAUCUUGGUAACAAUUUGCCUUUAAAGAACUUUUGAAAUCUUUUAAUUUUGAUGAUUCAUGAAACUUACAAACAUGUAGCGUUCUCAGGUAACACACAUAUUCGCACAGCGACUAAUGUACUGACUGUUCUUGGUUUUUAUAGCUAAUUUCUACUUCCUCCCGGGUCAACUUGAUGCUCUGCUUUGCGGAAACAGUUCAGACUCAGGGUAAGUUAGCAUCUGACUUCCUACGUACAUAUCUUUAAGCUCUAUGUGUCCUACUCUUUUAGCAUUUCAUUGAUUAAAAUAAGUUGAUGUUAAAACCGCAUAGUAAGGUCAUUGCAUCUAAAAGGUUGUAUUCGGAAAAUUUAAGCUACCAAACAUUAAUUUAUAAUUUGUGACCCUGCAAAUAAUCAGCUACAAAAUUCACAAAUACCGCAGCGAAGCUUUUUUAUGUUCAUAAUAUACAAGAUGGUUCUGUUGUGCACUAGUAAACAAACUGAGCAUGUAAGAUUGUUUUGAUCAUGAUGAUUACUGGACCACAGAACCUCUCCUGAUCCAUCCUUUGAGUGAGGCAUUAAUGAAUGGAGGAACAGAUAAAUGGAUGGUUUCUUUGACACUGAAAAUGCCAUGACUCCUAUUUGGAUCAUGCUAAAGUGGCAGAUAUCUGUCACUGAUUCUGGUUUAUUCUUUUGUGUUCCUUUCAGACGUUGUCCAGAAGGUUUCACAUGUAUGAAAGCUGGAAGGAACCCCAACUACGGUUACACAAGCUUUGACAGCUUCGGGUGGGCUUUCCUCACCCUUUUCCGACUCAUGACCCAAGACUUCUGGGAAAAUCUUUACAUGCUGGUAAAGCAAUAUUAUACUUCAUUCCCCUGUCUCUCCUUUGUGUGAAACUGACUCAUAAAGGUCUUAAAAAAACCUUUUAAAAACUGGUAACAAAGCACAUGCAGCAGGUCCCAGAGAAACAAAGAACCCCCCUGUGCAGUGCUAAUGAUAUUGUCUUCCCUUUCUCAUAAAAAAUGUACACAUGCUCAUCCUUUUACCUGCAUGAAUCAGCAAAAGUGCCUCUCAGCAGCUCCUCCCUCAGCUCAACUGCCCUCUGAACAAAAUGAAAGGAAGGACAGUUGAUUAGUUAAGGUAGGAGUGUGUGUCUCUGCCCGUCGUAAAAAUCCUGAAAAAUCAUGUUUACAUCUCCACUGGAGCAAUGAACAAAAGUGAAUUAAUUUGAUGACCUUGAGCUCAUUAUUUAGAAAUGAAUGAACAAUAUGAUACCACUGUAUCUUGGGGUUCUCUCACUUUGUCAGGUAUACAAGUGGAUCAACAAAAAUUGCAGUAUCAUGACAGUUCACCAGCUUUCCUUUCAUCCCUCUUUAAAUCUGCACCACUACAGGCAGAACAAUAGCCCAGGAAAAGAAACAGCAGUGAUGCUCACCUGACUAGAUGACAGAAUAGAAAAGCACUGUUAAAAAAAACUCCUCCACAAAGAUUCAUUCCAUUUUAGACUUCCCAGUGGGAAAAAUAUUUAUUUAAAAGCAUUGUGAUCCAUGUUAAAGGAAGGUUUCCACAAGAGGUUUUCCUCAGGCUACAGCGAGUGAGCUACCUCAAAAAAUGUGUGGCUAUCAAGAGUGCACUGCACUUCAUUCCCCACCUUCUCUUGUGAAGGUCCCCCUGCUUCUUACAGUGGGGCUGUUGUGCUUAUUUCCUUGCUUAUUAUCACCAUCCCUCUGAUUACUUCUUAGCAGCUUUACAUGAUUUACUGUUCAACAAAUCCUUAACAUAUUUCAGGCUGCUGUCUUUAAAAACCUUGAAAACAGCCUCUGUCUGACAUGCUUCAUUUAAGCCACUGUCCCUUUAAGGCACCCCUAGCAUUCCAGAACCCAGCAUUUUGGAGGCCUCCUUUACUGUUGCCAUGCAACAAAGUUUUUUUUUCUUUUUUUUCGUAAAAUGACAAAUUGGACUUUUCAUGGUGAUUCAUUGUCUGGAGAUGUCACGAUUUGAGCAAAUCUCAGAUUGAUCUUGCUGAAUUCUCACAUUAAUUUUUGAACAAGCCAUUUAGAUCACCCUGUCGUCUCAUGUAGGGAUUAUUUCAACACAUAUUAUCAUUGUAAUCUGAAACUUUGCUCAUGUGUAGUACUGAUGGUUAUUUUUUUAAUAGACUAUAUUUGAAAACUUUUAGGUUUUUUUCAAACACGACAGAGGAAGACAAGGACAAAUUUAAUACCAAAAAAAAACCUGCCAGUUCACAGGAGAACAGGAGUCCGGGAAAAAAGAGUCCAUGUCAGAUCAAAUGAUGCAGUGUCUAGAGGUCAGGAGUCCUUAGAGGGAUGUUCCGGCAUAAAAUUAAUUUGCCUAAUUUCUUUAGCAAAGAGAUGAGUCAAAGAAAUGAGUCAAAGUUAAAAAGAUGUUUGGUGGCUAGGACCUUAUAUGUCCUGUUGAUGAAGUUAGGUGCUGUUCUGAGCAUUAUUUGUGGCUACAGAAUGGUGUUUUGGUUGAGGUUUGUUUAUGGCUCCUCAGACCGCUGUGUAUUGCUAUCAUACAGUCGUUACUAAAGUUGGUAUAACUAGAGAAGCAAGCGGUCGGCAACAUUCAUCUCUAGAGGGGGUGUCUAACUUGGUGUUACGGCGUUUUUGACCCCAAAUUAAUUUUAUGCCGGAAUAUCCCUUUAAGGCUGGCAUCAGAUGAGGUCACAGACAUCAUCAUUGAUUCCACAAUUAACAACACAAUACAAAAAUCUAAGCACUGAACAAGACAAUAAAAAAACUGAUGUCUUACAUAUUAACCUAACAUUUGUUUUCAAAAUCCACUUAGUACUUAACUGUGUUCAGUGGGAGUGACCUUAACAUUUUUCUGAUCUGAUCCAGCCUAAACCCACCUCAGCUGCAAAGCUCCUGUGAGUAAUUUUUAGCCAAUAAUGAAACAGACUAAAAUUAACACUGGUGCUUCUGUUUAAGCCAAUAAAGCAAAAACAAACAAUUGAUUAUUUUAUUGUAAUGAUUUCUAAUGCCUUUAAGUGCUGCCAGCAGGUAGAUGUCAGUCAAGGUAAUUUAUUGCUCACUGCCAAAACAUCCUUUGUUUACAUUUUCCAUCCUACAGAUUCGUGACAUGUCUGUUGAAAAAAAAAAGGCAGAAUCAGAUAAUCAGAUUUUUGUCGGAAAACAUGACUUAAACACCAAUAAUUGAUUCCACUUUGUCUAUAGUGGGCAACAAAGUAAUGCAAUCUAAAAGUUCCUCACAGGAGAUUCAAAUCUUCUCAUCAUCCUGUGUGUCUGAUUGCUCCUCAUUGCCUGUCUGUGUUUAUCUAUUAGACUCUACGUGCUGCAGGGAAGACAUACAUGAUCUUCUUUGUGCUGGUCAUCUUUGUGGGCUCCUUCUAUCUGGUGAAUCUCAUCUUGGCUGUGGUGGCCAUGGCCUAUGAGGAGCAGAACCAGGCCACUAUUGAGGAGGCAGAGCAGAAAGAGGCGGAGUUUAAAGCCAUGCUAGAGCAGCUCAAAAAGCAGCAGGAAGAAACACAGGUGUGUCCCAUUCUCUUUCUUUCUGACACACUAUUACUCAUUUCUCUCGGUUUAUGAUAAUCAUCUGUCUUUUUUUUUUCCCAGGCUGCUGCCAUGGCGACUUCAGCAGGCACAGUGUCGGAGGCAGCAUUAGAGAACGAGGGAGGGGGGCAACUGUCCCGCAGCUCUUCUGAAGUUUCCAAACUGAGCUCAAAGAGUGCCAAGGAACGCCGUAACCGCAAGAAGAAAUGGCGUCAGAAAGAGCAGGAGAAGGAGAAGGGAGACAGUGAAAAGGUUGUUAAGUCUGAGUCAGAUGAUGGCAGCAAGAAAAGUACUAUUCGUUUCCCAGGAAGCCGGCUGGGGAGGAAGACAUCCAUCAUGAACCAGGUAAACUCAAAGUGUUGAAUUAUGCAGUCAAGGCAGUCUGUGUUUGAUCAAACAUGUGGACAUAUGAUAUGACUGAUUUUUCCAGGUAUAUUUCUUGAUCCAGUUGUGCAAGAUACACUUUCAAGCAACCAAAACCAUAUUUGGUUAUACUUGAAUCUUAGUAGUACCACUUGUUUAGUUGUAAUGAGAUUGAGGAAACUACUUUGACAGCAUUGCAGAAGUGGAUUAUGUGAGUGUGUAACAUAAAAUAUAAUAAUCUGUUUAGUAUGCUGGAUUUAGACAAGUCUUGAAUUCUACCUGAGAUCCCUGCAAAGGCAAGACACUUGUAUUUUAUGUGGUGUGCAUUCAUUUGAUAGCUCCUCCUUGUCAAAGUAAAAUUGGUAUUUUUUUUCUUUUCUGUUCUUCAGUUCAUUCUUGUUCACUAUUUGCUUUACUUACUAUCCUCACCGUGUUUACACAUCACCUAACUCCUGCUGUUUUUAAUAAACCUCCCAUCUCUCUCUCUCUCUCUCUCUCUCUCUCUUUGUAUCCAUUUCCCACCCCUCAGUCACUCCUCAGUAUCCCAGGCUCUCCCUUCAUGUCGCGCCACAACAGCCGGAGCAGCAUCUUCAGCUUCAAAGGCCGCUCCAAGGACAUGGGCUCGGAAAACGAGUUUGCAGAUGAUGAGCACAGCACGGUAGAGGAGAGCGAGGACCGUCGAGGCUCUCUGUUUAUCCCUUACCGCCGCAACAGCUACAGUGGCUACAGCCAGGGCUCGUCACGUAUCCACCCGCUGGCACCCCACUCUGGAGGCAAGAGGAACAGCACGGUGGACUGCAAUGGCGUGGUGUCUCUCAUCGGCCCUGGGCCUGGCAGACGGCUUCUGCCUGAGGUGAAAAUAGAUAAGGCAGCCACUGAUGACAGUGUAAGGACGUCCAUGGGACACCAAUACAGUUUAGGCAUGAUGGUGGUGGCCCUGGUCUCUGCAGCUUCUCCUUUACCACCUCCUUCCCUUGGCUCUUGUUCUAGCUCCUUUUCCUCCCCCUAAAUAGAGUCUGUCUUAUUAUUUUGUCUUUAACUUCUACUGACAGCCAUGCCCUAACCUGAUAACCCUUUUCAGCUGGUCAUAUUACAACUCUAAUGGUGCUAAUCGACUGUAACAGUACCCGAAAACUCAGUGCCUUACAAACACCAUGGUUAUCAUUUCAAUAAUUAACAUCUAACAAGCAAAGAUUUUUUUUUUCAGUUUUUCCCCUAACAAUUUCAUCACCAAGCUUAUGCAUAUACAGCCAUGGUCAUUCAUACAUGGCUAUUAAAUUAUUUUACUUAGGAAAAAAAUUACUUAUGUACUUUAAGUAUCCUGUUCCCAAAGGCUUUCCACAUCCAGACUCCCACAGAUUCACCCACCUCUCUGUUUUUUUUUUCAAAUUUCACUUUCUAUUCCCCACCUCUCUGUCCUCCUCUUAUCAUGUUUUAUCCUCUGCUCCUGAGCCACUGGAUGGUGCAAGAUCUCCAAUCCUCUACUCUAAUCUGAACCUCUUUUUCUGUAACAAUAUUCUUUUUCAUUCAAGCUAGCAUGGUAGCCCCCCCUUUAUUCUUGACCAGUGUACCUGCUUUUGUCUUUUACCUUUCUUCAAAUGUAGCAUGGGGUAUGAAUCUUGAAUUCCCCUCUGUUCUUGACAUGCAUGCGAUUGCAUGCAGUUAAAUGCUGUUGAUUUAGGGGUUGUAGAGGUUUUAUUCACAGUACCAAGAGCAGGUCUAAGAAAGAGUACCGUAAAUUCUCAAAAUAGAUCUGUCACUUCAAUAACUUCUGCAGAUGUUAAAGAAAGAAAUCUGGCAAAACUGGAAAGCAAAUCGUAUGCUCAAAACGUUCUGUGUUUAUGUCCUGCAAAGUAAGGCAAAAUUUGAGAAUUUACCGUAUAAAUUUGAUGUGCUACAUGAUAUGACACAGGAACAGCUUAGAAUGGGCAAAUAUCUAAUUUUGGGGAAUCAGUUAUGCAGUAUAUUAGGAUUUUUGUCUUCUGAUCAGACCUAAACGGGAUUAUUGGUCUGUAGAGCUUUGGAGCAUGAGCUGUAAUGUGUGAUAUUUGUGGCUGUGAAUUCAUACUGGUGCUACCUCUGAUUUAUAUUAUGUUGAUCUCUGAGCGCAGACUACUGACGUGGAGAUAAAGAAGAAGCACUCUGGCUCUCUCAUGGUGUCUGUGGAUCAGCUCAACUCCUCCUUCAAAGGAAAAGAUCGGGCAAACAGUCAGAUGAGCAUGGUCACCAACACACUAAUAGAGGGUACAGAUGAUGCAAAUCCUUCUUCUCUUUUCUUACUCCGUUUCAUCCAGGAUUUAAUGUCUACAUGCACAAUCACAGGACCUGUAUAUUUGAACUGUGGUUAGCUUUGCGUUUAUAGCUGUGGUUGAAUAUGUGUUCUUGUUGUUUAUGUAAACAGCCUGCAUUAGACACAGGUAGGGCUGGGCAAUAUGGGAAAAAUUUUAUCACAAUAUAUAUUUUUUUUGUAUCAGUCGAUAUUGAUAUUUAUCACGAUAUUAAAAAAAUCACGUCAGUCUUAAAUGUUCCCUGUUACUCUUGAAUGAAAUUUAACAUGUACUUUACAUAAUUUACAGUACACAUUACUGUACUUCAUGUCCGACCUCAAAAAAACAAAAUACCUCCACACCACCGAUUCAUUUUCCUUUUUCUCACCAACAGUGCUGUCGGCUUCACGUGUUUAAGUGCUAUGAUUGCGUGUAGCUGCAGCCUGCUAGUAUGCAGUUGUUUGCUACUUGGUUCCAAUUCAGCACAUGAUUGGUUUAGCGUGACCCUGAGCAACUCCCCUUUUCAUUUGCCAUUCUUGUAGUCUACCAAAACAUGGCAGAAUGCCGGAUAUCGAAAAACAUAUUGACCAUGUUUCAUAUCGAUAUCGAGGGAAAUUAAUUUUUGAUAUAUAUCAUAAUCAUUUGUCACCCAGCUCUCGAGACAGGUAUGGAAAUUGAACAAGAAGUUAGAUGUUGACAAACUCCACCUCUCUAUUGUAAAUGUGGCGUCAAAAACCUCAAGUAGUUACACAAAAAAUGGCCCAUAUGUAUGGUUAGAUUCUAAAGUGAUGCUGUGUUUGUGUAACUUUAGGGACCCAGACUUUUGUGUCUUUUUUUGUCUUAGCUCUUUUGUUUUUCCUGCUCUCUCCCCUAACCCUCCCUGCAGAGUUGGAGGAGUCUCAGAGAAAAUGUCCGCCCUGCUGGUACAAGUUUUCCAACACCUUCCUCAUCUGGGAGUGCUGUCCCUUUUGGCUGAAGCUCAAACACAUAGUCUACUUGAUCGUCAUGGACCCGUUUGUUGACCUGGCCAUCACUAUCUGUAUUGUCCUCAACACUCUCUUCAUGGCCAUGGAGCACUACCCCAUGACUGAGCACUUUGAGGGGGUCCUGGCAACUGGCAACUUGGUGAGAAAGGACCGAUUUUCUUCUUUUUCUUUCUAACAUGACUGCUGAUAAACCAUGAAACAAUUUUAUAUCCGCAUAAGCUACAUUAUCUCUGCUAAAGCUUUCCAAGUUCAGUUUGCUCCACCUCCAUAACCUCAAACCAAUACAUCAAUGCAUCAUUUGGUAUGUGCACUUAAGAAUACCCACGGCAAAAGUGAAUAUAGGACACUGAUGGGGUCUCAUUAAAGAUUUAGUUCCAUUUUAAUGCAGCCUGCCAGCCUGCUCCCCAAACUCCCAUCACCCCACUCUUCUACUUCCGCUACACCCUGCUUACCUCCACUCUACUGAACUCUGACUCACUCUAUCUUUCUCUCUCUUUAACACACACAUGCAGACACACUCAAAGUCGCAGUCAUGAUAACACAUCUGUCCAGGACUGUUAAGGCUGAUUACCUAUCAACAAAUUGUGCCGCAGAUAUUUUGAUCUGUCAGUGCUCUGCCCUUGCUGUCAGGUACCAGCGUAGCCCAGCUGUCUAAGGGCAGCACGAUUGGCACAGAACCAAUGUUAAGACAGGAAAUGAGGUCAUAAGGAUUGGCACCCUGUCAGGAAUAAAACAGGAACUGAAGCUGGAGGAAUCAGCCUGAUGGAUGGUGCAGCAUGAAUCAUUGGGUGUUCUCUGCAGCACUGAUUGGAUACAAGAUAAGCUGUUUGACGACAAGGAAAAGCUCAGAAAAACUACAGUCUCUUGUGCUCUUUGCUGAAACACGGACACUCAGCUCCAUGACCUUGCACUGUCAGAACAGUCCUCACUCUCAGCAGAUCUCAGUUCAUUUUUAAUGAGAACCAGGUGAAGUUAAAGCAACUGAAGCACAGCUGUUUUUUCUUAUUUUGCACUCAAUUCUCCUCAAGGUGAAGUAAAAUUGAGGUGUGUUGCAAUAUUGCACUGUCAUUUUAAAGAAGUUGCAUCGUUAAUGUCAUUCAGCCUAAAAGGUUACUUUCAAGGGCAUUUUUUGAAAUUGUAUUUUAAAAGCUGGACAGAAGAGAAGGAGGCGAUUAUUUUGGUAAAAUUGCCUUCUCCCUCAGGUUUUAUAAAGUCCGAGUCUCAUGAAACAAAACUACACUUAUGCUACUUUCAGAAAAGCCCUCAGCAGUGCUGUCACAAUAGGUUGAUCUUAAAGGGAUAUUGUGGUGUAAAAUUAAAUUAUGGUCAAACACCCCGAGUUAGACACCCCCUCGAGAGAUGAACGUUGCCAACCGCUUGCUUCUCUAGUUAUACCGACUUUAGUAAUGACCGCACUCUAGCAAUACGAAGACCCACGUGCUCAACCAAAACGCCACUCUAUAGCCACAAAUAAUGCUCAGAACAGCACCUAACUUCAUCAACAGUACAUAUAGGGUCGUAGCCGCAGCACUAGCCACCAAACAUCUUUUCAGCUUUGCCUAAUUUCUUUAGCAAAGAGACUAAACACAACUCACCUACUCUCUUCUAGCAGCUGCUUGUUUGUAGCGAAACCUCGGGCCAGCCCAUUAUGGACUACAGCAGGGUGACGCAGCUCAAGGAAGAACAUUUAUGAUCAUAUUUAAUGGAAAUGUAAUCAGACAGAGACGCUUAAGCAGAAGAAUUACCGCGUCUGCAGUGUCAAAUGACUAAUAUGAUGAUUAUUACUUCAAGGAAAUGAUAAAGUAUUGAUGUGUAUUGCUAUCGUGCGGUUGUUACUCAAGUUGGAAUAACUAGAGAAGCAAGCGGUCUGCAACAUUCAUUUAUCGACGGGGUGUCUAACUCGGUGUUACAGUGUGUUUUACCCUAACUUAAUUUUAUGCUGGAAUAUCCCUUUAAAUAUCCAACACUUACAGCAAUCAUAAAUCUUACACAAAUCUAUUAUUUUACACUGACUGUUCCUUUUAAUCAAUCAGUGAAUUUAUGUUUGAUUCUUAUUAUUGAUUCAUAUUUUUCCUUUUCAAUACUGAUGUGGGAUGUACAAAUUUGAGAGAGCCUUUCCACAGACAAAGAGCUAAUUUAUUCAUUUGUAUAUGAUAAAAAAAAACCACAGCUACACAGGCGUGUAAGAAGGUGUGAGGAAAACUGUCCCUCUGGUGCUCCUCAGUGUGGGGAUCCAAAUAUAAACUGAUUUAAAAGAUCUGAGGCACUCUGAGCUUAAUUUAUUCAAAAGCCUUUUUUUCCAGAGCUACAGACUUGUUAAAAAAAUACCAAUGCUUUUCAGCCAUCAGUGGAGAAGGUACAAAAUAGUCACUCAGCUGUCACAUGAUCACUUUGGUCACAUGAGUGAUGUAAACGGGUUAAAUGUUAGAAUAACACUGCAGUCCUAUAAUACUGCUGUAAUGUUCUAUUUUGAGACAUCAGUGGCAGCCAUCUUGGUUGUUUAUAACAAUUAUGCUCUGUUGCUUGAACAGAGAUCAGAAGAUACAUUGUGGUGUCUAUGUAUCAGUAAUUAAAAAAGCACAUAAAACAAAGAUAAACUGGAUUUUUUUUUUUCUCCCAGGUUUUCACGGGUAUCUUUGCCGGAGAGAUGUUUGCCAAGCUGGUCGCCAUGGAUCCCUACUAUUAUUUCCAGGAAGGCUGGAACUGCUUUGAUGGCUUCAUUGUGACUCUGAGUUUAGUGGAGCUGGGACUGUCCGACGUGGAGGGUCUGUCAGUGCUCAGGUCAUUCCGAUUGGUGAGUGGGAGAGAGUUUCCCUGGAUCUGUUUGCCUCCUUUGGCGACAUAGAAGUUAGAAAUAGUCCUCUUUUAACACAUUUUUUUCUCUAUAAAGCUCAAAAUCGAUUCAAGUGUGCCUCUUACAACACUCAAACAAGCAAGUUAAUCCAGUCUUCUGUUUCUCUGUAGUUAAGAGUCUUCAAACUUGCCAAAUCAUGGCCCACCCUCAACAUGCUGAUCAAGAUCAUCGGUAAUUCUGUAGGAGCUCUGGGUAAUCUGACUCUUGUGCUGGCCAUCAUCGUCUUCAUUUUUGCCGUGGUGGGCAUGCAGCUGUUUGGCAAAAACUACAAAGACUGUGUGUGUAAGAUCGCCCAGGACUGUGAGCUGCCUCGCUGGCACAUGAACGACUUUUUCCACUCCUUCCUGAUCGUGUUCAGAGUGUUGUGUGGGGAGUGGAUUGAGACCAUGUGGGACUGCAUGGAAGUGGCUGGGCAGUCCAUGUGUCUUAUCGUCUUCAUGAUGGUCAUGGUCAUUGGAAACCUGGUGGUAAGAAGACACAGAUUAUACUAUAGCUGCAAGUAUGUGUAAGUAAGCUGUCCUAGUUUUACUCCAUUUAACACUUCGGUGGUGUUUUUUUUUUUUUUACGUGAGGUGCUGAACCUGUUCCUUGCCUUGCUGCUGAGCUCAUUCAGUGCAGACAACCUUGCUGCCACAGAUGAUGAUGGUGAGCCCAACAACCUCCAGCUGGCAGUGGCUCGCAUUCAUACAGGGAUCGCCUGGCUCAAGGUUAACGUUAGGCUGUUUGUGGCCACAGUCCUCAAGAAGGUAUCAUGUAAUUCUCCAUCUAUAUGAAUAACUAUUUCUUGUUGUUUUUUUAGCUGCAGCUGUUACAUCCAUUAUCCUGUCUUUGUAUAUGUUUUUUUAUCUCUGUCGUUUGAACAUACAGCCCAUAGAAGAUGAACAGAAGCCCUUGGACGAAAUGUACGAGAAGAAGCUCAACUGCAUCGCAAACCACACGGUGGAUAUCAACCGUGAACUGGACUAUGCUAAAAAUGGCAAUGGGACAACCAGCGGCAUUGGGAGCAGUGUAGGGAAGUAUAUGAUUGAUGAAGACUACAUGUCCUUCAUCCACAACCCCAACCUCACCGUCUGUGUUCCCAUCGCUGUUGGCGAGUCGGACUUUGAAAACCUCAAUACAGAAGACUUCAGCAGUGAAUCGGAUGUGGAAAACAGCAAAGAUGUAAGUAAGAAGGAGAGAUAAGAGUGAGAAUGAAGGAAAGAUGUUUACUGACUGCAAUGGGCUCCUUGCUUUACAGUUUAAUGGGAAAAAAGGGAAUUGGAUUAUUUGAUUGUGGAAGUUAGAUGAUUUUUAUUUAUUUCCUGAAGAUCAUGAAUGAAAACAUCUUUUUCUUGCAACAUGCUCCAAACAAGCUAUUAUGUUUCUAAAAGAGAUGAUUGAAACAUACCAUGAGGUGAUGUAAUGCGUCUGUGUGCACAUGUGUGAAUGUGGUUGUUAGUGCCCAUGCAGCAUUUUCAGAUCCAUUUAGUAGGGCUUGAGCUGCAGAGCUGAAGACAUUGAAUUUAUUUGACAUUUUCGAACAUCCGUUUAGACACAAGAGCUGUACCAAUGAGCCUGAGUGCUGACUCUGGGGGACCAGAUAGAGAGGCAGUUUUUAACCAGGCAACAGAAGGAGAGACACACCGUUUCCUGAAUAGUGCAAAUGUGUGAAAAUGGUGAGGCAGAGCUUGUAGUGAAGUAUGAUUCAUGGGUCACCUUGACCUGGUUUGUAGUUGGGGAGGAGAUAAUGCAGUAGUAUCACUACUGUACCUGCACCAGGUCUAUAUUCCACUGUGCUUCCUCCACCAACCACACACCAAUCCUCCCUGCACCACAGCCAGCCACAGGGAACACUGCAGGAGGGGACACAGACAGAGCCGCUGACAGCCAAUCAGAGAGGCAGGAAUCCAUCGGGCUGUUUGGUAGAAAGGGAGAAGAAAGAGAGGGAGCAGAGAAGAAUGUGAAUGCAGCCUUUGCUGACGACAUAAGAUUGUAAAGUGCAGUAUCAUUCUCGAGUGAAUUGAAUAGCCUGAAUGUCUUUGCAUGUGUGCAAAAGUGUGUGUUUAUAGUCUAUUGCAAUAAGGCUGCUGUUCUGCUAGUGUUUAGUUAGUUUGCCCUGCAUCACCUUGACCUUUUGUUAAGAUAUGGCAUGAUUUAUUGGUACAGGUGAGCUUCACCAAGACACUUGAAUCUAAGUUUUUUUAAAAUAUGGCACCAAAACAGGAGGAUAGUGGACUAGACCGAGAGAACGAAAUAAUCAAACAAAAGCAAAGUAGAAAAAGAGGGGUGGGGGGAUACAUGAUGCAUAUUUCUAAACCUAUGCUAAGACAAAAAUAGAUUUUCAUCUACAAUGAAUAAAACUGGAUGCUAUUUUUAUCAUCACCUCUAUGACUGAACAAUUAUAGUCAUGGGAAAAAAAAUAUAAUAAUUUUUUUUUUUUAAAUCGUAAUAUUGUCCCAGUAUUCUUAAUAAAAGUUCCAGUUCUCAUACUGCCAAAGAAAACAAAAACAGCUGUUUAAUAGAAAUACACUGAGAUAAAACUGGGAUUAAAAACUGUGAAUGUGAACUUCAUUGUUUAGUCAUACAUGGUGAUAUUAGGAGUACUUAUGUUGUGGUUUAUGAGUAGUAGUAACAUUGAUAACAAGUAUUCAGUCAAAUUUGUACUUUUUAAAAACAUGUUUCUCGACUCUGUCAUUGUCCUCAUGUCUACAAGUAUUUGCUUGUUCUUUCAUUGCAAACAAACUCGUCAUCACCAAAGAAUCUUUAUGUAUGCAUGUAUGACAAUGACCGUGAUUACCAGUGUGAUUAAUCACUUGUCCAGUUAAAUUAGUUUCCUGUCAACUGCUAAUAACACUGCAGUGUAGGAGGUGCUGCAGGGGGAUCUAGCUUCUCUACAUGGCUCUAACAUGUUUACCCCCAGUAAUAAAUCAUGCCCUGGACAGAAACCCAAAGGGAAAUUAAUAUAAUGGCUGCACUGGCAGUGUGCCGCUGCUACCUGCCUCCAACUUCUUACUGCUACAAGUCUAUGAAGCUCAGAGAGAAAGUCAGAAGUUGAGUUGACCCCACCGGUGCUCUGUUUGUCCUAGCUGGAUGACACCAGUUCGUCUGAGGGCAGCACAAUAGACAUUAAACCUGAUGUGGAGGAAGUGGCGGUAGUAGAGGUCGUGGAGGAGUACGUUGACCCUGAUGCCUGCUGGACAGACGGUAGGUGGUGUUUAAUAACUUACUGCUAAAGACAUGAUAACACUUAACAAAAAGCAGUGAUUAAUUUACACUGCAUGUAUGCAUUUGUCUCUUCUGUACCCAACACUAAAUGUGUUUUUGAUUGUCAUGCAGAGUGUGUGGCCAAAUACAAGUGCUGCGAUGUUCCCAUCACUCACGGCUGGGGGAAACACUGGUGGUUCUUGAGGAAGACCUGCUAUCUGAUAGUGGAACACAACUGGUUUGAAACCCUCAUCAUUUUCAUGAUCCUGCUCAGCAGUGGAGCCUUGGUAAGGCCACAAACACACACACAAACACACACACACAUUCAUAACAUACAUCGACACAGCAGAGUGGAUGCUUCCACUUUUUACACAUGACGCUGCUAUUUGUGCCUUCAGAUUUUGAUAUAAUGCACCCCUCAAUUGAAGUUUCUCAUUGCUUCACUGAUGAUAAACACAGGGAAUAACGUAAACACAGAUCAAAACAAUAAUCUGCAUUCGUUCACUGAAAGUGGUUAUCUUAUAAGGGAAUAUGCACACAAAUCCACGUGCUGCUUUUCUUCUGCAUCUGCUCUUAAUAUGAUUGUUGCUAAUGGACAGCAAAGUGCUUUAGUGCACCAACCUUUCAGCCGGCAGAAUCCAGCUUAGGUUUGCAGCUUUGUGGAGGGGGAAGAGGCCAAAUCAAAACACUAAUGCGCUGAAGAACGGAUACAGCCAAUGGAGAAGGGUAGAAGAGAGGGAAUGAGAAGUCUGGUUUGACUCGUCAGUAAAUGCUGUUUUUCUGUCUUUGUACAAAACUCUGUCUGGGAAAGUUAAACAAAUUUACACAUGUGAAAAUGUUCGAAAAAGAGAAGCCCAGGUCACUCAUUCAUUGGAGAAUUUAAAAAGCAUCCUGGUGAAUGAUUAUAAUGGAUGAUAAAUAUGUUAUGCCAUUAUCCAUCCAGUUAAGUCAUUUGAAACAAAAAGCAUGAUAUACCAGAGACAAAUGCUAAAAAGAUAUCAGUACAGCUUUUGUUGACAUGAAGAUUCUCUGUUUUCCUCAAGGCCUUUGAGGAUGUGUACAUAGAACAAAGGAAGACAGUUCGCAUCAUUCUGGAGUAUGCUGAUCGAGUUUUCACCUACAUUUUCAUCCUGGAGAUGUUGCUGAAAUGGGUGGCGUACGGCUUUGUGAAAUACUUCACUAAUGCCUGGUGUUGGUUGGACUUCUUCAUUGUAGAUGUAAGUACAUUUACACACCAAUUUCUCAUUCACUACUAUUGUGUCAAUGCUAUCUUUGUAAAUGGAUCUACAAAAAAGUCUUGUUGGUCAAUGAACUUAACCAUUUGCCAGGCUCCAACAUGAUCGUUUUAAGAAUCUGGAAAGUUCAUUUUGUUCAGUUUUUUAGCAUUAUUAUUAAAAAUUUCCUCUUUAAAUUUUUCUUUUUCACAUUUCUGUCCAAAUUAGAUAGGGCAGCUGCAGGGUGAUAGGAAACAUAAGAGCGGGGAGUGGAGGAAUACAUGCAGCAAAGGGUCAGAGCAAGAUGUUAAACCAGCAGACAGUGCCAUGAAGACAGCUCUGUACAUGGGGCAUGUACUGAAACUGCUGAGCAAAGAGGUGGCCUUAAAGGGAUAUUGCAGUGUAAUUAAGUUUUGGUCAAACACACCGUAACACUGGCCCCGGUAACAUGGGUAGUUUUCCUCAAUCUGAUUGAAAUCAAUCAGAUUAAGUGAAUCUGAUUCCAUCUGUAUACAUGAACUUUAAGUAAAGAGAUCCACGUUCAGUCCGCGUUUUCAUGGCCCCAGCUGAAUCCAAUUGUAUUGUAUUGUAUCAAUGGGAAUUGUUAAUAGGAACCAUUGUUUUAGUUCCGUUUUAGAGUUGCGCACGGAUGUGUUUGUGUGUGACACCACCGGAGUUACCAGACCGAGCAGAGUAAGGAACCCUAUGUGUCGAAGUUUAAUAAAAGUUUAAUCCAGCCGGGUUACACAGCAAGAAGUGUACGCAUCGUCAGUCGCACGAAACAACACACUUUAACACUCCACCGUCCAGUUUUUCUGUUUGUUCGCCAUGUUUGUUUUCGUUUGGGCUCGCUCUGCGUAUGUCACUACGUGCCUCUUACGUACUACCGAGCGCCUGCGCAGACCAAACAAGCCUCUCUCUAAACCCAAUCCGCUCCACUCAGCCGUAUAUACGGAGCAUGGAGCGGAUUAUCAAUCGGUGUAGACUACCUCUUACAAUCCGACCCGAAAUACAAUCAGAUCCGGGUGAAUCAGAUUGGCUAAGGUGUUUAUAUGAGACAUUUUUAAUCUGAUUGACCUUUCAAUCUGAUUGUAAAUAGGAUUUUUGGACCCAUGUUAACGGGGUCACUGAGUUAGACAGCCCCUCCAGAGAUGAAUGUUGUCGACCGCUUGCUUCUCUAGUUAUACCAACUUUAGUGACGACCGCAGGAUAGCAAUACACAGCGGUCUGAGGAGCCAUAAACAAACCUCAACCAAAACGCCACUUUAUAGUCACAAAUAAUGCUCAGAACAGCACCUAACUUCAUCAACAGUACAUAUAGGGUCCCAAUCAUAGUACUAGCCACCAAACAUCUUUUUGAACUUUGUCUAAUUUCUUUAGCAAAGAGACUAAACACAACUCACCUACUCUCUUCCAGCAGCCACUUGUUUGUACAGAGACCUCGGACGAGUCCAUCACUGACUGCAGCGGGGUGACGCAGCUCAAGGAAGAACAUUUAUGAUCAUUUCUUCAUGGAAAUGCAAUCAGACAGAGACACUAAGAUAGAAGAACUACCGUGUCUGCAGUGCAAAAUGACCUAUAUGGUGAUUAUUACUUCAAGGAAAUGAUAAAGUAAUUAUCAUAAAUGUUCUUCCUUGAGCUGCGUCACCCCACUGCAGUCGGUUAUUGACUAGUCUGAGGUCUCGCUACAAACAAGCGGCCGCUGUAAGAGAGUAGGUGAGUCGUGUUUAGUCUCUUUGCUAAAGAAAUUAGGUAAAGCUAAAAAAAUGUUUGGUGGCUAGUUCUAUGGCUAGGACCCUAUAUGUACUGUUGAUGAAGUUAGGUGCUGUUCUGAGCAUUAUUUGUGGCUAUAUAGUGGCGUUUUGGUUGAUGUUUGUUUAUGGCUCCUCAGACCGCUGUGUAUUGCUAUUGUGUGGUCAUUACUAAAGUUGGUACAACUAGAGAAGCAAGCGGUCGGCAAAGUUUGUCUCUUGAGGGGGUGUCUAACUCUGUGGUACGGUGUGUUUGACCAUAAGUAAAGACAACUUGGAGCGUAAUUACAUGAUUUUGUAUACAUUGGUAACACAUACAGACCUGAAAGGUUGAAAGACAACAACAUACAAGCAAUGUUCAGGACUGGAUUUAUUUCAGGCCAAGAGAUUACAUCAGAAAUGAAGUAUUAACUUGUUUGGCUCUCUUUACAGAAGAACUUAUAUCCCUAAAACUCACACCCUCAAUUUGGUAUGAUUUUGAGUACUCAUUAGGCAAUUAUACAUGAGCAUCUCAUAAAACAAAGUAUCAAUGGGCCACAGCUUAAAGAUACAGUGUGUAGAAAUGUGACUAUUUAGCAAUAUUUAGCAUCUGGCUCUUAUGAGGCUCAUUCUUGUUAUCAAAAAAAUAAAACAGUUUAUUCCUGGAUUUUGCUCCAACAUAAACAUGCUGUUUAAUGUCAAAUUAAAUUCCUGCCAAAUCUGUUUUGCAAACUGCCUCUUAUCACUGUAUGUUGCACCUUUAGGAGACAUUUGUGAGGAAAGAGUUUUGUCUGUUUAGAUUUUGGACAACAUUCCCAGACAGUAAAAUCCUGCACUGUUUUUGUUUUAAGUUUAUUUUUGGGCUUUUAUGCCUUUAUUUAGAGGUUUGGACGGUGGCUAGAAAACAGAGAGAGAGGGGGGGGGGGGGUGACAUGCAGCAAAGUGCAAUAGCUUCUUUACAUGGGGCGCCCAGUUUAACCACUUAGCCAAACAGGUUCCUCAAAUCCUUUUAAACUGUAUCUGGUAUGGAAUUAGUGUGUGGAGGAGAAACAGUGGUCUUUGUAGCAGUUAGACAGUAAAAACAUUUCAAUUGUAUGUUAUGUAUUUAUAAUUCACUGGUUGAUUGACAGGGUCUGUGUUUUCCUUGAAGCAUUGGAGGUCAGUGUCGCAUCUACACUGACACAGUAAAUCUCUAUGAACCCUCCUGGUGUGUUUAAGAGCUCCUGUCCCUCAGGACUGCUGAGUCAUUCUGUGUUGGUCUCCAUAAUGAUUACUAUACACACAGUUGAUUUUCUCUGCCUUUUGUGCAUGUGGUGGUAAUGUUAUUUAUAGGUCUAAAUCAAUCCGACAAUAGAAAUUAAGCGUUACAUUAUUUAAUGAGAUUGGGUCCUUACCUCCUUAAAAUACCAGCCAGACUGAGCAUGGCGAGCCAGGUAAACUACAGAAAAGUUAAUGUGUCAAUCAUUAAAUUUGCUAAAAGAAAGGCAACCUGAAUGAAAGGCUUAUAAGUAAUACAUGAUUUAUAUCCUGCAGUGGGGGAAAAAUCAUUGCACAAAUUCCUAAUUCACAUGUAACUUGAUAUUUUGCUGCCCACUUUAAAAUCAGACAAAUCUCCCGAACUGACUGUUUCUCAUAAGUGAAACAAAACAAUAACAAUGUGCAGCAAACACCGCAAUAUAUUUUGUGCGUAUGUGUUCUUUUGACAAGCUGCGCAUUGUGGCAUCUGGAAGUCUUGCUUUGUUCAGUCUGAUGUAUUUCCUGUUAAAACAGAAAGUUAAAAUGGAGCAUAUUACUGCAAAAAAAUCUCAUCACUGCAAGCCAAAGGACUAUUUCAAGGAGGGACCUCUAUUAGAUGGCCUUAUUUAUGUUUGUAACAGUGCAUGAUGUCACUUUGAAGUACUGACUGCUUUUCAGAUGUUUGCACUUUUCCAGAAACUGAAAAGCAUCCCUGCAGCGUGCCUUUAAAUUAUGUCAUGUAAAUAAAAACAGUUCCGAGAUUUAUGUCUGAAAUCUGGAGCAAAAGUCUGAAUCAGUGAAAAAAAUUGCAGUGGCAAAUAUUGAAUUUACAGCUGAGUGUAUGGCUGAUUUUUUUGUUGCUGUUUUAAGAUUUCUGAGACAACAUAAUUGAGUCCUACUGUACAUAUAGGAAAAAAACAAAGUUGUCCAGACGUUUUGGUGAUUUCUAAAGUUCUGGGUAAAAGCUACAGAGCCCGUUUUGUGCAACAAAUAUUUUUGGAUAUAAUUCUGUUUUGCAGUUCAAAUUCUCCAAAAUACACAGUCUCUGACUUUUGUUCUAAAUUAAGACAUUUUCCUUUAAAUACAGCAAUCAAUCUCAGAAAUCAUAUUUAUUCUUGUUGUCCUUAAUGUCCAAAAUGUACUCAGUGAUAUGUUUUAUGUCGUGCUGAGUCUGGUGUGGAUUUGUAAGUCAUCCAUUAUCCUUUAACCACAUAUGUUCCACUGUCCUUGACUGCUGGUGCCAAUCUGUCUGUGAUUCGAUAUUAACAACAUGAACUAAUGUAUACGGUGCAUCUUUGGUUUUCUGGACUUGUCUUUGGGUCUGUGCCACUACCCACACUUGUGGUGUUUGGGGAUAAUACAUUGUGCUGAUGGUGACUGCCAGAUCUCUGCAGUGCCCACUAGGACCACAAGUGUGUGGGGUUGACCAAGUUCACCAGGUCACAAAGGUUAAUGCCAUCCUAUAAAAACGCAGGUCAAUGUAGAUAACAUGCUUUAUUGGUUUAAUUUUAUUCACAUAUAAUGAACAAUCUGAGAGAAUCCACAGUAUUACAGCCAGAUUAAAAGUCCCACUCCGAUCGUUUUCUUUUUUUUUUUGUAACUACUUAAAGUGUUAAAUUGUGAUUUAAAGUUUUUACCAAAAAUCGCGGCACCUGUGUCAUUUUCAAGGGCUUUUCUUCUGCAUAGCUCCAGUAGAUCAUUAGCAAUCCGCCUCUGAGUCGUGGGUGGAGACAGCGCUGCUCUUCACACUCGUCCUCAUCCUAGCUUGCAGCCUAACAUUGCUGGUGCAGCAGAAGUGGCAGGUAACAUAGGGGCUAUUCAGCUCUUGGACAUUAAUGUCUUUCAGGACACGAUGAAAGCUAAUAUCAUAAUUAGCUUUCUUACGAGCAUUGCAAUCCGCUAACGCACACGCUUGUUCUGCGAUCGUCCUCUGUAUUUCUACUCUACAUGCAGAGUGUGGCUCUAGGGGCGGAGCUUGGAUUGAUUACGUAUGCAAUCUCAUUGUUUCUGAACCCGCCGUUUGGGUCUGCCAGAGAUUCACAGUGAUAUGAAUAAAAGAAAUACUCAGAAAAGCAAUUUCGCAUUUAAUUUUCUCAGGAUAUGUCCUGUAGCAUCAGAAAAAUGACAUAUGAACAAAUAAAAAAACAAGAAAAACAUGAUUUUCAUCGGAGUGGGUCUUUAAAGGACACUGAAAAAAACACAUUCAGAAAGUGGUCAUCAAAAUUACAUGAGAUCUAUUUUUGAAUGGUUUUAUGUAUUACAACAUUUUUACAUUUCUCAAAUAUUGAUUACAGUCAAAAACAACAGGACCCAUGUCACACAGAAAACGUACAGAGGGCGGAGCUUGAGAAGAACCCAGUGAUAAAUGCUGACUUUACAGCUGAUGCGAGCACUGGCCGGGGUGUAUUCCUAAUUAACAGUAACUGUUUUACUUCAUGGAUACUCAUGCUAACUGCCAGGUUUAGAAGAAAAUGAGCAACCAACUCGUUUGAGUAUUUUCAAGUCAUCUUGACUCUACAGAGCCUGUGAUGACAAAAUUGGAAAUGAAGUUAGAGUUGGAGAGCCAGGUUAUAAUGAGUGCCUGGUCACUUUGGAAAAGAAAAAGAUUUUCUGAUGAAAAGAAGCUCUGCAAACAUCCAACACCCUGACCUUAGGACCAGACACACACCUAAGUGAGCAUAUCCCUGAAGCAGGAUUUCAGCCUAUGACACUACGCCUCUUGGAGGUUUAACAGGUAACACUGGCAUCCUGGAACUACCGCCUCUUACCACCUGAGAGGGAAGGCAGAGCCAUGCAAUAAGUCCAUGUGGGCAAGAACGCACCCCCUGCUGAGCUGGGCCGUACAUUUCAUCUCCCCCUCUUUACUCUUUUAAUAAAAGAAGAGGAGAAAGCGAAAACAGAGAGAAGAGUCUGUCCAGAGGUGGUGGAUUGGGAAGGUGACGCUAGGGAUGGAGUUCAGUCUCUUUGAGAGCCAUGGGUGAGAACUCAUCCCCCCUACAGUUGUGAUGUACGCUCUACCUCCCCAUGCUACACUAUUUUCAUGAGGAGGAGGAGAGAGGCGAAAGAUAAAACAGAAAGAAGACUCUCGAAAGAGGAAGUGUUUCAUUGACUCUGGUCAUCGCUGAAGGAAGUGAAAAGCCAAACACUUAAAAUAACUCCCUGUUGUCUGGAUUUGCUUCUCCGCUCUGAAAUAAAAAUCAAAAAUGACUUAUUUCCCCUACUUUCCUUGUUGGAAGCCUUCUUCAUGGAUCCUGUGAUCGAGGGAAGACAAGUGUAGUGCGACAGCACAUUGGUGCUUAUCAAUCAUCUGACAGUUUCUCCAAAAUUGAAAAAUGAAUUUGCACACACGGACAAUGUAUUGAGUUUUUAUGCCAAACCUUUACCUAAUGUGGACCUGUCCUCUCUCUCACAGCAGGUGCCUCUAACUAUGUCUCUCUUUAAGUUAAGAGAGACAUUGUGCAGCAGUCGACAGGGCCUGAGGGGUCGGUGUAUGAGGGUGCAGGGUAAGGUUUAUGUGCUGUGUUGGGACUCCUACUUUCACAGGUUAUCCUCUCUCUUCUAACCCUGAAAGUUGUCCUCAACCUUCUGCGUUUUUCUCUCCCCUCUUUAAGUGCGAUACUCUCUGGUGUGGAAACUGUACUGUUUUGUACUGUGUACCGUGUGUAUAUUAUUGUGUCACAUUGAUUUAGUGUUUGUGAAUACAUCUCUCCUCUAAUUUUUCCCUUUGUUUGACUCUUUAUCUUCUCUCCCUCUCACUGUGUCAACCACAAGUUUCUUUCCAGGUGUGCUCACUGUGCUGUUAAGCUGGUUUUCACGCCAGACUGGCUUGCCAAACUAAACCAAACACAAACAGGAGCGAACAAACACAAAAAAGAGAAAAAGAAAACUUGUGUCAUAUGCACUUUUUAACUUAUGUCUUAUGUAAUCACCCCUGUUUAACCGUAUGUCAUCUAGAUCUACAUACACUUACACAACUCUUCUUGUACUUUAUUUAUCUAUAUAUCUAUAUACAUAUCUCUGUAUAUAACCCUUUAGCAAGCAUAUACAGGGCCCGCCUUUCUCUUCAUAUCCCCUCUAACUAUGUGGGUCCUCUCUUCCUUUGCUUCUGUCUCUUCCCUCUCCUUCUGUCCCUAUCUGUGUAGGUGUCUAUAGUCAGCCUUAUAGCUAAUGCGUUGGGCUUCUCCGAUCUAGGCCCGAUUAAAUCUCUCAGGACACUGAGGGCCUUGAGACCCCUCAGGGCCCUGUCACGUUUUGAAGGGAUGAGGGUAAGACCCAAGAUACCAGGCAGCUGGUCCUUCUGCAUGCCAGUUGAAAAAAAAAGCAGCAACGCAUGCGAGAGAUGGCAACAUAGCAAAUAAAAAAAAAGACAAAAAAAAAAGGAAACCUUUGUAAAUAAAAGCUUUUAUGAGUGAGAAGCUUUUUUUGCAUGGAUGCAGAUCAUCUCAGAUGGUCACGAUACAUCUGAUUUGAUUUAUCAUAUUUUUUCAUUUCAUAUUUUAUAAAUUUAGUGCUAUGAUAAAGUAAUUUGCAGUGACUUAAGAAAUAAAAAAACAGCUAAAAAUAUACCCAAUACUUUAUGAAACACAAAACCGCACAGGAAUUGAAGAAGAAUGAUGCAACACGUUUCAAUUAAUAUUCAGAUGUGGCACAUUUACGACCAGCUGAGAGAACAACUAGAGGUUUGUAUGAGCCAUCACACAAAUGUGUUUUCACUGAAUCACCGAAAACUGAAAGUUAUUUCAUCACAGCCAAAUUUAAACUGUUUGCCAAAAUGGCAAAAAACAUUUGUGCACAUUGUGAUUCAUAUGUGCAGUUGGAAUUAUGGAUAAAUUAAAUUGAUGUGAUUACAAUUGGAGUGUCAGUUCAUUUUGAUCCUUUCUGAGAAGUUAAUAGAGUUGCGCCUCAGAAAGAAGUAUUUUCCUUCCUGGGUUCUAUGGUUAUUAUCUAAAUGUGUGAUGGGUUUUGAUCAGCCUCUCGUUGUUGCUGGGCAGAAAAACAAACCUUGUCAGUGUCUGAGCUCGGCAUCCUCUGACUGUCGCUCUGCCUCUAGUGUCCUGAUCCUAUCACAGUUUGGCUUUGGCAUUGUCACACUGGAAGAACAACAAACUUCUGGUUGCAUACCCCCCUUUACCCCUCGCCAUCCUCACUCAUCACUCCUCAGUAAAUGUCAUUGCCAUGAUUUUCAUGAUCACUAUUUUGCAGUAGUUAUAUUAGCUUGUCAUGCUAAUGCUUUGUCUCUGUACUAUUAGGUAGAUCAGUUAGAUAAGAAGAACAAACUUAGUGGGUCUGAUAUAUGCAGUUUGUUGUUCGGUUUAUUUGGCUUUUUGUUACCAUGGCACCUCUGUGUUAAGAAAUGCACAUUCUCAAGGUUUCCUGUUGAGUUUCUAGCUUUACGCUCUUCAGUAUGCACUGCACUGCUUUAGUGCAGCAACAGUAUUUGGCUGUAUCAGAAAUAUAUGUUAAUAAUUUGGGGUGCAACAAUAUACUGUGGCAUAAAACAUUGCUAUGCAAAUGGGUCAGUACUGAUGUAAAGCUGCAACUGAAUCGCAGUGUCUCUAAAGGGAUUCCAUAUGAAUGUGAUUUAUGUACACCAGAUUCCCAAAGCUGCAAAAUGUAAAGAUGAUUAAGUUGUAUUCUUAGAGGAUGUCACUACUCAAGAAUCUGAAAAUUAAAUACUGAAAUCAGGAAAUAUGGCAAGCAAAGUUGGAGUCUUUUUCCAAACCAGGGCACAAAUGUCCCUCACCUGCAGAGCCCAGCUGAGCCUCAAAGUGGACAUGUUUGAGGAAUGACAUACUAUAAGAUUUUCAAAGUUGCAGUCAUUUAUUUCAACUUUGUAUAGAUUUGUUGCAUCUGACCACAAACCAUUAUCCUUGUGUGGUAUUGAACCAUGAUUUAAAAUUAUUGUCACACCCCUUAAUUUUUGGUUAUAAUGACAUGGAAAAUCAGGAAACAUAUUGAGAGCUCUGAUGGAAGGAGAGAAUGUGCAUUUCCAUCUCUGUGUGUAUGUUGAUGUUCUUGUAAAUGAACUAACUGCAAAUAGGAUGUGAAUGCUAAGUCACAGAGGCUCUGUUUCACUUGCUCUUCUCCUCAGGUUGUGGUGAACGCCUUGGUGGGUGCUAUCCCCUCCAUCAUGAAUGUACUGCUGGUGUGUCUCAUUUUCUGGCUCAUCUUCAGCAUCAUGGGUGUCAACCUGUUUGCUGGGAAGUAUUACUUCUGUUUCAAUGAAACAUCAGAGGAGUACUUUGACAUAGAAGACGUCAACAACAAAACGCAGUGUUUGGCACUCAUUAGUCAAAACUAUACCGAAGUCAGAUGGAAAAAUGUCAAGAUCAAUUUUGACAAUGUGGGUGCUGGCUACUUGGCCCUGCUACAAGUGGUGAGAAAGAUUUGCUUUCAGAUGUUUCUUUCUUCUGAUUUAAGUGAGUAACCUGUUUCUAACAGUGUGUGUCUACCUGUAUAGGCGACAUUCAAAGGCUGGAUGGAUAUCAUGUAUGCAGCAAUAGACUCUAGAAAGGUAGGCUUUCACCGUUUGUGUUGGAAAGAACAUGUAAGUUAUAUCAAAACAAAAAAUAUUAGUUGGAAUUUUACAUAACGGAAGAGUCUUAUAAAUUAGCUUACACUUGUACUGUGCCUCCGUACUCCCAUUCAUGAAUUACCGUGCGGAAGUUUGGGGGAACACACACAAAAAAAAUACAGACCCUGGAUUCAUCCCUCAGACAACAGCUGUAAUAAACAUCAGUAAAACCGGCAACAAAGAACUUACAAACCAACUCUUCAUGAAACUGAAAACACUCGAAUUUGAGGACCUGGUUGACUUCAAAACAAUCCAAAGUUUCAUGUUCAAAGUUUUGACUACCUGACAGUAUUCAGGUUUUUUUCUUAAAGAGAGAAAAAUUCAGCACAAGAACAAAUGCUAUCACAGGAGUAAAUCUUUGGAGCAGUGUUACGGAUGAUGAAAACAUGUAAAUCAUGAAAGAAACUUAAACAAAUCUUCAAAGAAAACAUUCAGCAGAUACAGAAUGGAAGAAUAAGGGGCGUAGUUAUAUUAGUGUGUGCUCUCUGCGCUAUAACUUGUGUUAUUUUACUUUGUUGAUGCAUCGUUGUUGCACUCAUAGACAUGUAUUCAUUGGUGUUAUUUUCAACACCUCAGCUUAUGUAAACUGAAUUAUAUUAUCUAAUUUGAAAUGAAAAAAGAGAUAAGACCAGAUUUUUUCCCCCUUCCUUCUAUACCCUUUUUUUCAAACAGAAAUUGAAUGUCAGGUCUCUACAUUAAGUAUGUUGUAAUAGGUUACUGCUUUGUUAGCUUUCUCAUUUUAUUUUGUUAUACAUUUUGUUAAAAUAUUUUCAAAUAAAAUUGAUAGAUACAUUUUUAAAAGUCUGAUUUAACUGUACCAUUUCAUGUAAAUGUUCACUUUUCCACCCUCCUCUUCAGGUGGAAGAUCAGCCUGUCUACGAGAUCAACUUAUAUAUGUACAUCUACUUUGUCAUCUUCAUCAUCUUUGGCUCCUUCUUCACCUUAAACCUCUUCAUUGGUGUCAUCAUUGAUAACUUCAACCAACAAAAGAAAAAGAUAAGUUUAUUUUCGUUACUUUCAUGUUAUAAGAGCAGGCAGCUGAGGAUCGCUACUACUCUCAUAUCUGUCCAUUAAAUAUAAAGCUACUGCUAGCAACCAGGUAAGUUAGCUUAGCAAUAAGACUGGGAAUGAGAGCUGUAGUUAUUUCAUUCAUCAUAAGAGAUGGCUUUUGCGAGUUUUAAUUGAACAAAGUUAGCUUUGUAGCUUUGAAUUUACUGUCCAGACAUUAAAGUAGACUGGUCUAACUAUCGGCAAGAUAGAAGUAUAAGUAAUUCUUUUACACUUACAAUCUUUAUGUUUUAAACACAGAAAUGAAUAAAAGAAGAAAUCCUAUGUAUCCUGCUUAGUACUGGAAAUAGUCGUCUAAAUAUCAAAGAUUGUAACCAGCUUGUUUUUGUCCCUGCACUUUGGAGGUCAGGAUAUCUUCAUGACAGAAGAGCAGAAGAAAUACUACAAUGCUAUGAAGAAACUAGGCUCGAAGAAGCCCCAAAAACCAAUACCAAGACCUCAGGUUAAUGUUGUUUAACACACUCAGUCUUAAUCACCAAGUAUAUUUGUAAUUUGAAGAUUUAGAAUAUGACUUUCAAUACUUCCUGUCUUUCCCUCCAUUUGUCUUCAGAACAACAUCCAGGGCAUGGUGUUUGACUUUGUGACGCAGCAAGUGUUUGACAUCUCCAUCAUGAUGCUCAUCUGCCUCAACAUGGUGACCAUGAUGGUGGAGACAGAUGAUCAGUCAAAAGAGACGGAGGAGGUGCUCUACUGGGUUAACUUUGUCUUUAUUGUGGUCUUCACCGGCGAGUUUUUAUUGAAGCUCUUUGCACUGCGUCACUACUACUUCACCAACGGAUGGAACGUCUUUGAUGUGGUUGUGGUCAUCCUGUCAAUUGUGGGCAAGUAUUGAAAGCAAUUUAUUCAUGUAGACUAACUGCUGUAGCUUAAUGUCCUCAAAUACUACACAAUAUAAUUGAUCACAAACUAUGGUCAAAAAUUAUAUGGCAAUGAAAGCUCCUGUGAGGAACUUUUAGGCUACAUCAAGUUCAGAAGCCCUAGUAACAAAGCAAGACUAUUUUAUGUUUUGCUGAUCUUGUCAUGCGUGUUUAAGUAGUAUUUGCCAACAAAAAUUUGAUUUUGACAUUUUCUACCAGCCAAACAAAUCACAUGCCAUCAAUCUUGGCCUUGGAGAAAGUAAGCAAAGGAUGUUUUGGCAGCGUGCUAUGAAUUGCCUUUGGAAAAAAAUUAUACUUCCAAAAAAAACUUCAUCGGGGGAUUGAUUUGUAAAUUGUUAUUUGUCAGUUUUUAAAUUGUAUUUUGAAGUUCUCUGAAAACUUGACAGCAAGAUUUUCAUCCAGAAACGAUACCCUUCAUUUAUCUUGAUAAUCAACUGAUCAUGUAAACUUUCUUUUACGUGAAAUAUCUCUUUCCAAUCAAACUGAUGUUAUUGUAAUAUUCUCUUGAAUUGUUACUGACUGUUUUAACUUGUCAGCGUGAUAGUCUAAUGCAUAUUUAGUAAAAUAGUAAGUGAUCAGAUUACAUAUUUACACCAAACGUGUUGUUUCUCAUUUUGCUUCCAUUGACCCUCAGGAAUGUUUCUGGCCGACCUGAUUGAGAAGUACUUUGUGUCGCCAACACUCUUCAGGGUGAUCCGUCUGGCUCGUAUUGGUAGAAUCUUGCGUCUCAUCAAGGGGGCCAAAGGAAUCAGGACUCUACUGUUUGCCCUGAUGAUGUCACUUCCUGCCUUGUUCAACAUUGGCUUACUACUUUUCCUGGUUAUGUUCAUUUUCUCCAUCUUUGGUAUGUCUAACUUUGGCUACGUAAAACAUGGGGCUGGAAUCGAUGACAUGUACAACUUUGAGACCUUUGGCAACAGCAUGAUCAUCCUGUUCAUGAUCACCACAUCAGCUGGCUGGGACGGCCUGCUGCUUCCCAUCCUGAACUACCCUCCAGACUGUAACCCUGUUUUCGAGAACCCUGGCACCCCCACAACAGGGGACUGUGGCAACCCAUCUGUGGGCAUCUUCUUCUUUGUCAUGUACAUCAUCAUUUCUUUCCUCAUUGUGGUCAACAUGUAUAUCGCCAUCAUCUUGGAGAACUUCAGUGUGGCCACAGAGGAGAGUGCUGACCCGCUCAGUGAAGAUGACUUUGAGACCUUUUAUGAGAUCUGGGAGAAGUUUGACCCUGAUGCAUCCCAGUUCAUCACCUAUGCCAAGCUUUCUGACUUUGCUGAUGCACUUGAACACCCACUUCGAGUCCCCAAGCCCAACACCAUUGAGCUGAUUGCGAUGGACAUGCCUAUGGUGAGUGGCGACCGCAUCCACUGCCUGGAUAUCCUGUUUGCCUUCACUAAACGUGUGCUAGGUGACAGCGGCGAGUUGGACAUGUUGAGACAACAAAUGGAGGAGCGUUUUGUGGCAGCGAAUCCUUCCAAGGUCUCUUAUGAGCCAAUAACCACCACUCUACGGCGCAAGCAGGAGGAAGUGUCGGCCAGAAUCAUUCAACGGGCGUACCGUGCUUACCUGGCGAGGCGGGGUUUUGUCUGUAAGCGCAAACCAGCCAAUAACAAAGUGGAAAAUGGCGGGAACAAUCAGGAACAGGAAAAGAAGGAGGGCACCCCCUCAACUGCCUCCCUGCCCUCCUAUGACAGUGUAACCAAACCUGACAAGGAGAAACAGGAUGAAAACAACGAGGGCAAGGGAGGAAGGAAAGAGAAAGGAAGAAACCAAAAAGACAUCAGGGAAUCUAAAUGUUAG